UUUUGUCCUCCUUUCCCCUUCCGCCCCCUGGCCUGGUCCCCUCCCUCAAAACCCUGUCGCUGUCUGGUGUCUUGGGGCCCGGUCAUUCCCAGUUCCCAGAUAAACGCGCAUCUGCCCUGCCUACCUUCCCAAUACUGCUACCAUAUAGCCCCACACACAAUCUCCAUGGGUCGUACAGAGGAAAUGCCUGCUAACAUACCUGGUUGUUUCUUAAACAGGGGAUGGAGAGUACAUGGAUGAUUCCCACCAUCACCACCACCAGGCACCGGCCGGCGGCCCUGCUGGGUCCGGGCCUUCGGAUGACGUGCGGUCGGCCCAUGUCUUUACCGGCUACCCCCAGCAUCACCCGUAUCCUAGCUCUGCCUCCAACUCGUCGGGUCCCAUGCCCCCGAUGAGCCAUCACCAGGGCGGCCAUGACGGAGGGCACCCUCACCACGGCGGGCACCAUAGCUCUGCCGUCGCCGCCGCCGCCUCUUCCUCUGGCCGGCGUCAGAGCAGGGACCUGGACAAUCCGGCCGGCUUGUUCCCGGACCUGCCGGCAGAUAAGAAGCGCAAGUUCAUCCUGGUUGAGGACAACAAGCGCAACUGCCGGCUCCGGGUCCGCGUCACGCUUGAGAAUGUCGACACCAAGGAGAUCCCAGACUCUUUCCGCAAGAGCUCCUCCGUCUUCCCGCGUAGCUACUUCCCCCGUGAGAUGCAGAGCCCGCCCCCGAGCGCCACCGGCUCGCGGUUCUUCCAGGACGACCUGAGUGACAACGAAGCCGAAGACGACAAUGAGGCGAUGGAGGUCGAGGGCGGCCGCACCGGCCGGUCCCGCGGCAAGAACACCCGCAGCGAUAGGGUCAUGGUCAAGGUCCCUCUAGCCGGCGGCGCCGAGGGUGAGGUUGCGAUCCCGCGGACACGCCGGGCCGCGCGCCAGUCCGAGGUCAAACUCAACGACCUCGGGUACCGCAUGGCGUGGUUGCAGAGCCGCGUGUUCGCCGGACGGACAGUCUUUUUGCAGAAAGCUCUCGACAACUAUCGCACAAAGACGCGCACCGCGAUUGAGACUGUGCAUGGCCCCGACGCUGAGAUCGACCCAUCGCACUAUGUGAUGCGGCCUGGCAAGCGCCGCUGGACCGAGCGCAUGCGCCGCAGCGAGAAGCCCGAGGAUGACGAGUAGAGAGACGGCUCAGCAGGCUUGUUAGUAUCUCUCCGUCACCCAGUAUCGUCCUUCUCGAGUCGACACAUCGGUGCCUCGCGUGUCGCGCGGGCAUCGUUGUGUUUUUGUAGAUACGACGACGCCAUCGCUGCGUCGUUUCCAAUCAUGGCCCUGCUU